AUGUCUGACGCCCCAAAACCUGCGUCGCUCGCAGACCGCAUCACUCAGCCAGCUGCCGCACCUACCACUAGCCCUGCGACCUGGGAUGAGGAAGUUAGCUCUGCCGCGGACCCCGCUGCAGCUAAAGACGACAGUGCUACGGCCGAUCAAGGGCAGGUUGAUGGACAGGUUGAGCCUCUGGGCGGGUCUGGCCUUCAUGAGGCAACAGAAGAAGUUGAAGUCAAGCUGAGUGACCUCCAAAGUGACACGGCAAAUCCGCUGUACUCAGCGCAAUCAUUUGAGGAGUUGGGCAUCAACGAACAAAUCCUGAAGGGCAUCUACUCGAUGAACUUUAAGAAACCUUCGAAGAUUCAGGAGAGAGCACUUCCUUUGCUACUCAGCGACCCUCCUCGGAACAUGAUAGCUCAGUCGCAAUCCGGCACGGGGAAGACAGCGGCUUUCGUGAUUACGAUCCUUUCUCGCCUUGAUUACUCUAAGCCUAAUCAGCCACAAGCUUUAUGUCUAGCUCCUAGUCGUGAGUUGGCGCGACAAAUCGAGGGCGUAGUCAGAAGCAUUGGUCAAUUUGUCGAUGGCCUCACCAUUCAAGCCGCUGUUCCCGGUGCCGUGGAGAGAGGCGCCAGGCUCCAAGCCAUGGUUGUGGUUGGCACUCCUGGCACAGUUAUGGAUUUGCUCAAGCGGAGACAAUUCGAUGCGUCGCAGAUGAAGGUAUUAUGUCUGGAUGAAGCCGAUAAUAUGCUGGACCAGCAAGGCCUCGGUGAUCAGUGUCUUCGCGUGAAACAGCUUAUUCCUGGCCAAACACAAAUUCUUCUAUUCUCGGCGACUUUCCCGGACAUGGUUAUGCGAUACGCUGAACAGUUCAGUCCAAAUGCGAAUCAAAUCAAGUUAAAGCGAGACGAGCUCACAGUUUCGGGGAUUAAGCAAAUGUACAUGGACUGCCCUUCUGACGAUGGCAAAUACGAUAUUCUUGCGAAUCUAUAUGGCCUAAUGACGAUCGGAUCUUCUAUCAUAUUCGUAAAGAGGCGAGAGACCGCAGAUAAAAUUGCCGCUCGAUUAAUACAGGACGGCCAUCAAGUCGUUGCUGUUCACGGUGCCUUCGAAGGGUCUGAGCGCGAUAGUAUUCUAGAGAGAUUCCGACUAGGCCAGGCAAAGGUCCUUAUCACAACCAAUGUCCUUGCACGAGGUAUCGAUGUGCAGUCCGUUUCUAUGGUCAUUAACUACGAUAUCCCAAUGAAGGGCCGGAGUGACAGCGAGCCGGAUGCUGAGACUUACCUGCACCGUAUUGGCCGGACCGGCAGAUUUGGGCGUGUUGGUGUCAGUAUCAGCUUUGUUUUUGACAGGAAGAGCUUUGUCGGCCUCCAGACCAUCGCAGAGCACUACGGUAUCGACCUCAUCCGCCUGGAUACCGACGACUGGGACAAUACAGAGUCGGUUGUCAAGAAUGUUAUUAAAUCGAGCCGAGCACCGAUUAAUAUGACGAAUAAUUGA